AUGUCGGUGUUCACAGAGCUGCUCGCUGGCGGUUUGGCCGGCGCAGUUGGGAUCUUAGCCACGCAGCCUCUCGACACCAUUCGUAUACGGCUACAAAGCACUCCGAGCGGUUUGGGCAGAAAACCCUACAAUGGGCUCGUCGACUGCGCGCGAUCCACACUGCGGGAGGAAGGUGUUCGAGGCCUCUACAAGGGCUGGGCCUCCCCGACGCUGACGGUUGGCGUGAUGAAUGCGGUGCUCUUCUUUUCCUACGAGCUCGCCAGCAAGCAGUUGCGCGACCCUUCAGCAGAGGAUGGAGCAAGUCUUUCACUGGCGCAGACCUUCGUCGCAGGCUCUGCUGCCGGUUCUGCGAGUGCCUUAAUCACCGGUCCCACGGAACUGGUGAAGUGCAUCGCGCAGACGAACCUGAAGAACCAGGGCACCAUGAGAGAAGAAUGGCAAAUCUUCCGCGGUAUGCUGCGCGGCCAUGGUUGGCUUGGGGCCCACGGCCCAUGUAGGGGCCUAGGGAUCACAAUCCUGCGCGACACACCGAGCUGUGGGUUGUACUUCACCAUUUACGAAGCGAUAACCCGAAGUUUGGGAAAGUCGGACUUCGUCAGCUUCGUCGCUGGUGGAUGUGCAGGCGCGACGGCCUGGGGGUGCAUCUAUCCCAUGGAUGUCAUCAAAACGCGCUGGUCGACAGACCCUCCGGGCACCUACAGCUCACUGCUCCACUGCCUCAGGACUACCAUCCGAGAGGACUGGCGGAUCCUGUUCAAUGGCUUCGCGGCUACAAUUGCUCGCGCCUGGCCACAACACGCGGUCGUGUUCUGCACGUACGAGCUGCUGAAGUCGAGCUUAUCUGCUUGA